CCAUACAGCCCAUGUCUCCCAUUAAUCAGUCCAAAGUCAGUGAGUUUAUACUCAUGGGUAUUACUAGAGAUCCAACACUGCAACAUUACCUAUCCAUUUUGUUCUUGCUCAUAUAUCUUUUUACUGUGUUUGGCAACAGCACAAUCAUUUUCAUCAUUGUAAUCAUAAAUGGUCUGCACACCCCUAUGUAUUUCUUACUCGGCAAUUUGUCCUUUUCCGAUCUUUGUUAUUCUACCGUAGUUAUGCCAAAAACAUUGUAUGCUUUGUUUUCCAAACAUCGGGAAAUAUUUAUCUCAUAUACUGGCUGUGUGCUUCAGCUGUAUUUUUUUGCGGUGUUUGCCAGCACUGAAUGUUAUAUUUUGUCUGCAAUGGCCUAUGACCGUUAUGUGGCAAUAUGUCAUCCUCUGUUGUAUGCUCUUAUAAUGAACAAGAGAAGAUGUAUAAUUGUAGUGCUUAUUAUUUACAUUGGUGGUUUAUGCACAGGAGGGGUUCACACAUCUUCCACAUUUGUUUUGAAUUUUUGUGGACCUAACAUCAUCAACCAUUUUUACUGUGACAUUCCACCACUGAUGGAACUUUCUUGUUCUGAUACUUAUACCAGUAAGACAGUUAUAUUCGGUGUAGUCUCCUGCCUUGGGCUCCUUUCAGUUAUGGUCAUUUUAUUAUCAUACUUCUACAUUUUUUUUACUAUAAUGAAUAUCCGCACAUCAGAAGGGAAGCACAAAGCUUUUUCUACAUGUUCUUCCCAUCUUCUGUGUGUUGCCCUGUUUUACGGAACUGUUUUCUUCAUGUAUCUCCGUCCAGCUAACAACUAUUCUGCCAGUCAAAAUAAAGUGGUGUCUGUAUUCUACACAAUGGUCAUUCCAAUGAUGAACCCGAUCAUUUACACUUUAAGAAACAAAGAAGUUAUAGACACUGUGAUCUAUUUCCUUAAAAGGCUAUUGUAGCAGGGUCAUCCUGUCAGAGUUUAACGACAGGCCUGAAUUCCCGCUGGAACUUGAUUCACGUUUGUACAUAUGUAAGAUGCCUUUAAGAAGUUGUGCAUUGGGGGACUGCAAGUAGCGGGAGAUAUGGACUCCAUUGACUCUUAGAAGAAAAACAGACUACAUUUCCCACAAUGCCCUGCACUCUUGGAACAUGUGACACCUCCGUACAGACUUAUGGGGUAGGCUACUUAAGGAAAGGGAGGGGCUGAUCUCUCUCUCUCGGGACCUGCAUCUUCUCCUCUGCGGAGCUGUGGAGGAGAGCACAGCCGCGCUUCUAG